AUGGUUCACGAAACCUAUGACAUUGUCAUUGUCGGCGCUGGCCCCGUCGGCCUGCUGCUGUCCCUGUGCAUGUCGCGCUGGGGCUACAAGGUCAAGCACAUCGACAACCGCCCUGUGCCUACGGCAACCGGCCGGGCUGAUGGCAUCCAGCCGCGCUCCACCGAGAUCCUGCGCAACUUGGGUCUGAAGCGCACUAUCAUGGCCUACGAGCCUGCCAAGGUCUACGACGUUGCUUUCUGGGACCCCAAGGACGACGGCUCCGGUAUUAACCGCACCGGUAGCUGGCCCAGCUGUCCCCGCUUCAUCGACACCCGGUACCCUUUCACCACCCUGGUCCAUCAGGGUAAGAUCGAGCGUGUCUUCCUCGACGAGAUUGAGAAAGCCGGAACCCAUGUGGAGCGCCCGUGGACCAUCCUCGGCUUCAAGAAUGACGGUGCAAAUGCCGAGUACCCCGUCGAGGUACAAUUGAAGUGUCUCGAUACCAAUGUAAUCGAGACCGUGCGCUCCAAGUAUCUCUUCAGUGGUGAGGGUGCUCGCAGCUUUGUCCGUGAACAGCUUGGCAUCAAGAUGCACCACAAGGACCCCAUUGCCCACGUCUGGGGUGUUAUGGAUGGCGUUGUCCGCACCAACUUCCCUGAUAUCGAGACAAAAUGCACUAUCCACUCCGAUGCUGGUUCGGUCAUGGUUAUUCCUCGGGAGGACAACAUGGUUCGCCUCUACGUUCAGAUCGCCUCGUCUACUGACCCGGACUGGAAUCCCCGCAAGACCGCUACUGCCGAGGAGGUCCAGCAAACCGCGAAGCACAUUUUGAAGCCCUACUGGAUUGAGUGGGACCGGGUCGAGUGGUACUCCGUGUACCCUAUUGGUCAGGGUAUCGCUGAGAAGUAUACCCUGGACGAGCGCGUAUUUAUGGGUGGCGAUGCCUGCCACACCCACAGCCCCAAGGCUGGUCAGGGUAUGAACACUGCCUUCCACGAUGCAUUAAACUUGGCCUGGAAGAUCCACGCCGUGGAGACCGGUUUCGCCGACCGUUCCACCCUGAGCACAUACGAGAGUGAGCGCAAGAACAUUGCUGAGACCUUGCUUGACUUCGAUGCCAAGUAUGCGGCUCUCUUCUCCAAGCGCCGCCCCAACGCCGGUGAAGUCAAGGCCAGCAAAGCUGUGCGGGCUGCUGAUGAUGGUGAGGAGGAGGACGAGUUCGUCAAGACCUUCAAGUCAUCUUGCGAGUUCACCAGCGGCUACGGCGUUGCCUACAAGCCCAACGUCUUCAACUGGGAUGCCAGCCAUCCCGCCAAGUCUGCACUGUUCAAUAUUCCUGGCGUGCGGUUGACUCCUGGCCGGGCCUUCACCCCGACGACAGUCACUCGUCUUGCCGAUUCCAACUUCGUUGAGUUGGAGCAGGAGAUCCCUACCAACGGGUCUUUCCGCAUCUUCAUCUUCGCUGGUAACCAGAACAAGACCAAGAAGGCUAUCACCGAUCUCGCCGCCAACCUGGAGAAGGAGCGCUCGUUCCUUUCGGUCUACCACCGCCCGGACACUGCCGAUGUCUCCUUCUUCGAGCGCCACAACCCUCAUUCCAAGCUUUUCACCUUCUCCGUCAUCUACUCCGCCUCCAAGAACGAGAUCGACAUGGACGCCGUACCCCAGGUUCUGAAGGACUACCACCACCACCUUUACGCCGACGACAUCCCCGAUUUCCGCGUCCCCAGCGCCAAGUUCGCUGCCCACGAGAAGCUUGGCCUCGACGCCGAGAAGGGUGGUGUCAUCGUUGUCCGGCCUGACAGCCACGUUGCCUGCACGGUGGAAUUGGUGGAGGGCAGCGGAACUGUUGAUGCCCUGAACGAGUACUUCAACGCGUUCACGACGAAAUCUCUGGGUCAGGAUCCCCAGCAGAGCCGUCUAUAA